AUGGCAAUCUAUUCUAUCCAAAACGAAGAGCCUUCACAAUCUGAAUUCAAAAAACAAUUUAAAUUUUACAAAAGACGAGAUUGUCCCUUGGAUCUUUCUGCCGUUCUUGAUCCUUACAAAUCUUCAAAAGAAUUUUCUUUCAAAUUAAAUUAUGUUUCUGAUAAAUGUUUAAAUGCUGUAGAGAAGCUUUUUAAAGGAAUUAAUGGGUUAAGGCCUAUACAACAAUGGUCUCUCACUACUUUUUUGAAUCGGCCUGGUCUAUUUAUUAUUGGAGGCGUUUUAACUUUAACAGAACAACUUUGUUGGAUAGAAAAAUGUCUGUUGGAAUACCCAGAGCCUCCAAACAUUACAAAUUUAUUUGUUCAAAACAACAAUCCUUACAGAGGAUCAAAUGUCUUCAAAAAUUGUUCAAAAAAACUUCGAUGGGUAACUAUGGGGAAUGAUUACAAUUGGGAUACAAAAGAAUAUUUGAAUAAUGCGAGGCAUUCUUUACCUGAUGAAAUGGCUAAAUUGAGUCGUUUGGUUGUUUGUAGUCUAGGCUUGGGCGAUUUCCUUCCUGAUGCUGCUAUUGUCAAUUUUUAUCCGGAAAAGUCUCAUCUUUCGCCGCACGUUGACAGAUCUGAACGUGAUUUGUCUCGUCCACUCGUCUCAAUAUCUCUUGGCCAACCAGCCAUUUACCUUACUGGAGGUACUUCUCUUAAUGAUCCUGUCGAUGCAAUAAUUUUGCGUUCUGGAGAUAUUUUAAUUAUGAGUGGAGAGCAACGAUUAGUUUACCACGGAGUUCCCAGAAUUUUGGAAGAACAACCAAAAAUCUUUGGAGACGAAUUUAUCCAAAUUGUUAAAGAAAAGGAAGUUUUGGAAUAUGCAAAUAAUUGUCGAAUAAAUAUUACUGUUAGACAAGUUGAUUAAUUUAAAAAAAUGUUGUUUUUUUUUAAAUGUGUUUUUAAUUUUUUAAUAAAUAUUUUUUGGGGAAAUUGGAAAGAUUUUUUGAGGUAUCCACUGAAAAUAGGGUAUUUAACGCCUUUAAAUUCGCUGACCUAUAAUAUUUCUCUAACUGAACCCACCUUCAUGAAAUUUUGUUUGAAUAU